UCCUCUACGUCACCAAAAUCGACUACGCAGAUGAUUAGUUCAACAGCAGACUGUGCGUUGAUUCGCGAGGCAACAAUACUUUAUUUCUUAAGGGUUUAUUAACCAUUUUAAACAACUUCUUGACGUUUUGCAGUCUCCGGAGAAAAUAGCUCAGUAUGGAGAUACCUAUCGUCGACUUUAAUGUUUACGAAUUGGGAAAGACCAAUGUAGCAGCUGAUAAAUUGGAAAAGUUAAGUGAAGAACUGAGAACGGCCUUCGUCGAGGUGGGAUUUGUUUAUCUGAAAAACACUGGAAUAAACCAGGAAGAGGUGGACAAAGUCAUGAGUAUUUCAAAGAAGUUCUUCUGUUUGCCUGAAGAUAUGAAAAAGCCUUUCAGCAGGGGCAAUUUCUCCUGCAGUGUAAACCACGGCUGGGUUUCAUUAGAAACCGAAAGUUUGAAUCCUCGACGUCCCGGUGAUCUGAAGGAGGCCUUUAAUACAACAUCUUUGUGCAUGGAUAUUGACUGGCCCUCGGAAGGAGUAGAGGAUUUCCGAGAUAUCCAAGUGUCCUUUUUUCUGCGCUGUAAGGAACUCUCUCUCAGAGUGCUACGUGUGAUGGCUCUCGGUUUGGGUCUGGAAGAAGAGAUCUUCCUUAAAGCACAUAAGAAUGUUGGAAGUAAUGUGAAUGGCACCACACUGCGGACUUUGUACUAUCCUCCGGUGAAGAGCAUGUCUGUGAAGGACGGUCAGUUGCGCUGUGGUGAACAUUCUGACUAUGGUAGUAUCACUUUGCUCUUCCAAAGCCCAGAGGGUGGACUGCAGGUUUUUAACCAGAAUGGAGAAUAUAUUUCAGCUUCAAGUAUUCCUGGAACAGUUAUAAUUAACAUAGCAGACCUGAUGCAAAGGUGGACUAGUGAUGUUUAUGUGUCUGCCGUUCAUAGGGUUUUACUGCCACCUGUAGGUGACACCAACACACGCCAGUCUUUGGCCUUCUUUGUACAGCCUGAUGAUGAGGAUAUUUCUUGCUGUGAUGGAUCAGACAAAUAUCCUCCAGUUAAGUCAGUUGAUUACCUUUUGUCCAGGUUUGAGGAUUCUUAUGGCAAAAAACAGAUCCUGUCUCAUGAUGUUAUGGCUUAAAUGGAAAUUGUUUUAUUAUUAUGGAUUUUAUACUGUAUGUGUAUGUUGUAAUGGUAACCAGAAAACACAAUUGGUGAAGCCGAGAUAAUUUAAUAAUUUUAAAGAAAUGUAAAGCACAAUCAUUUACACAUUAAAUCUGAAAAGACAGUCAAACAAGCCAAAAUUGUCUCACAUACACAUUAUUAUGCUUAAUUGGAUUUGUUUUCAUAGUUUGAAGGUAAAACGUAGGAUACUGGUUGAGAGAAAAAAAUUUAUUAAUUAUGUUAACAUUGUAGAAACAGCUUAAAAUAAUUAACUGUUAAUGUGAAACUACAUUAAAUGCCUCCUAAUUGGACCACAAUAGUGCAGUUUGAUCUAGGACAGAUGGUUCAAACUUUAGUUAUAGCGAAAAGACAUCAGGCAUACUUUAAUUGAAUUAAUUAUAUGGGACAAAUAUUUAAAAAAAUUGUUUUGUCAUUGUUUUGCAAUUUAUACCAUGAAAGUGAGCAAAUAAUAAUAAUAAAUAAACCAAUUGCUUGAUUAAAACAGUAAUGAUAGCAUCAUG